UAUAUAAUUCCGAUGUGAGCCCACAUGUACAUGAUCUUGAGCCGAGGCCUAACUCAAAAGUCUAAUGAACAAACCGAGGCACAUGACAGUCAUGAUAUAUAAUAUUCAGUCGUCUUAAACCGAAGGAGAGAAGAAGCUGCUGGAACGCUGAGGAAGUUCUAUUCGACAGCACUCUCACCAUGAAGGGUUAUUCGCUUCGAGAUGAGAAGCAACCAAUCCUACAAGGCAAUGGCGGCUACGGGUCGACCAUCGAUGCGUUUGGAACUCCAGUCAAGGUGAACGGCCAAGCGGGCGAGGAUAAAGGGAGUACCAUUUCCUUCCACAAUGUGGAUUACUGUAUAAAACAAUCACAGAAAUGCUGCGGGUGCUGCAAGCCAAAAUCAGUCAAAUGGAUUCUCAGGAAUGUCGAGGGUGUUUUCAAACCAGGAAUGAAUGCAAUCCUCGGACCAACUGGAAGUGGGAAAUCAUCUUUGUUGGAUGUGCUUGCCGACAGGAAAGACAGAAGUGGUCUCGAGGGAAACGUCCUGAUUGACGGACACAGAAUGCCUGACGAUUUUAAAUGUAGGUCGGGAUAUGUUGUGCAGGAUGAUUUGAUCAUGGGCACACUCACAGUCCGUGAGAACCUUCACUUCUCAGCAGCAAUGCGUCUCAGUUCUGACAUAUCAGCUAAGGAAAGGGAAGACAGAGUCAACGCCAUUAUAGCAGAGUUGAAUUUAGAGAAAUGCGCCGAUACUAAGAUUGGCACGGCAUUUAUCCGUGGUGUGUCUGGAGGUGAGAAGAAGAGAUGCUGCAUAGGAAUGGAGCUUAUCACCCAACCAAAGAUACUCUUCCUCGACGAGCCGACCACGGGCCUUGAUGCCAAUACUGCAUACUCUGUCAUGAAGUUACUCCACAGGCUUUCUCGCCGGAACCGUACCAUCGUCUUCUCCAUCCACCAGCCACGUUACAAUAUCUUCAAGCAGUUCGAUACCUUGAUGCUCCUGAACGAGGGGGAAGUCGUUUACCACGGUCCUUCGAGCGAUGCGUUAGAUUUCUUCAGUGGACUUGGAUACGAGUGCGAGGCCCAUAACAAUCCACCCGAUUUCUUCCUUGAUGUCAUAAAUGGCACGAUCGAGUCAACGAAUGAUAAUGAUGUGUUGAAGGGGUCCCCUGAUUCUGCGGGCAAUAGCUCGACCUCCAUCAGCAUAGACUAUGACGUCCCGCAUCAAGUGAACGUGAUGGCGAGACAAUAUAGAGAGACCACCUGGUUCAAGAAAGUCCAGGAGGAACUGACCCCCAUCUUCAAUGGUUACCAAGAGCGGAUUUCUACCAAUAAUGAGGUUUCCUUCCCCUCGGUCGGGUAUUCACGAUCGUUCCCCGUCCAGUUUGGUCUGCUUGCCAAACGAGCAAUCAAGAAUGUCAUCAGGAAUCCAUUUGCUUCCGUAUUACAGAUUGUGAUUCUUGUCUUCCUCGGGCUGAUUGUUGGAAUAAUUUACCUACAACUUGACAGAGAUCCUAUCUACGGGGUCCAAAACAGAGUUGGUGUGUUUUUUUUCGUCACUAUGAACAUGGUGUUUGGGAAUCUCGGAGCCAUAGAACUGUUUAUAUCUGAGCGGGCGUUAUUCUUCCACGAACAUGUGAGUGGUUACUAUAGGGUAUCCUCAUACUUUCUCGCGAAGAUCUUUUGUGAUGUCAUACCGGUCAGAUGUGUACCUCUGAUUCCUUUCUCAGCAAUUGUGUAUUUCAUGGUUGGACUAGACGUAUCUGCUGCAAAAUUCUUCAUCUUCCUGCUAAAUCUGGUAGUGACCACUCUAGCCGCCUGUAGCUUCGCCUUCUUCUUCAGUUCAAGCUUCUCAGUGGUGGCGGUCGGGAACAGUAUGAUUGCCCUCAGCUAUGUUUUCAUGAUGGUGUUUAGCGGCCUUCUGAUCAACCUGGCAACUAUUGCUGAGUGGCUCAGGUGGAUAAAAUAUCUCAGCAUCUUCAGAUACUCCUUAGCGAGUCUCUCAAUCAACGAAAUGAAAGACAUGGAAUUCUGCGCGACCUACAACGGCACAGAAGAAUGCUCCCAGGCCGGCAACACCUAUCUUGAACAGCAGGGCAUUGACUAUAAAACUGAAUGGGACCUCUGGGUGAACAUUGUUGCUCUCUCCGCCAUGGUCGUCAUCAUCAUGACUCUGGCGUACUUCAGGUUGCGUUUCAUCAACAAGCUCCGAUAGUGUCACAGCUACAGAGCAGUAACUUGACAAUCAGUCUGUGCAGAUUGAUAUGUAUAUACAUGUGUUGUACCACAUAUUUAGAACUGUCGAGGCCUAGUAAAGAAUGGACACAGACUUCUGAGGUUCCUAACACAUCUUGCCCUCGACAAGGUUGAAAAUUCACUUUCCGCCGGGUAAUCUUCAUCCACGAGAUCGGACAGAGUUUUCGGAUUCCUUUUAGAGACGUUAUUGGUCUGGUUGUCCCGCAGAGAAGCCAAGUGACAACUGUAAGGGAGUGAACUGGGACUUUGACUUGAGUCAUGAGGGGCUGUACCAUGAGAAAUUAAUACAUGUAUUCAAUUGUCAAUUGGAGACUUCGGGUCCAUAUUGCGAUCGGCUAUCUAUAAUUCUUUGAAGAUGGAUACCUUCACGGUAAUCUUUGUCGCGUUCAAACACUGAAUCUGCUUCGUAUAUAUACCUACUGGGUUUUUUUCGAACUCGGAUCUCAUCUGCAGGAGAGUGAAAACUACGUAUAUGGGAAGGCCUGCAGCCGAGAAAUGGAGAUGGAUGUGUCAGGAUAAGGUUGCUCAGCUUAGGAUUUUAAAGCCGAUUUUUUAAGAGGCACACUCGUAUGUCUAAGUUAUUAGUGUUAUGUCAUGAUGCAGUGUAUUUGAUCGUCUCUGAGCACGUCUUCGUUUUAAUUUGGCUUUUAAUACCUGAUUGUUUAUGCUUUUUGAAAAUUGGUGCACAAUCAUAUCAUAUCUUUUUGUAAAUGAGUACUAAAAAAAGUGUUUUUCAGAAAGAUCUGGCCAAAUGUACUCUGGCUAGCUCACCUCUUGUCACUGAACUAUAAUAGUGUGAUCACAAAUCAUGCUACACAGCCCUGGGCAGCCGGUGUCAUAGUUGACCCACAUUAUAGUUGACACCGUGAAAGAGCACUGGCAAGGUCUAUAUAUACCCUAAGGAUAAUCUACAUGUAUGUAGUAUUGUGCAACACCAAUAUGUUGAUAAAUGCCACAGUGAUCUGGUCACAUUCAGGAGUUCAACUAAGUACCUUUGGC